AUGUUUCAACCUCUACUGGGAUGCUCAGCCUGCAAUGGACAGGACUUGGUUGAGACUCCUGAAUUGAAGCGAUUCGGCGGAAACGUGUUCAUGGUGAGCAUUGUGCGAGAUUAUCACGGAGCGCCAGAGUUAGGAGGCAGACAGCGGCGGCAAAUCCACCACAUCCUCACUACGGACGAUCACCUCAUUCUUUCUGCCGAGGAACACAGUGAAGACAAUCAACAUCAACAGCACAAUGACAACAAGGUGAGCAUGAAGCGUGAAGGUGGCCAGCCAAAGGUGCAGCAGCCGAGAGGCGGUAAAUCGAUUCCCGACGUCUACGACACCCACGAUUCUGUAGACUCGAACGACGAGAGGAUCAAUACGUCACAUAAGGCAGUUAUCUCAAAAAACAGCGCCGGAGCACAUGCUCCAGAACGACGGCAGAAGCCGAGGCGGCCGUUCAAGAGCGCUUCCUCAAACAAGCAGAUGAUAGUCACGUUACUGCGAAAGUUCCGGGUUGCCGACAAUCCUCGCAAGUUCGCUUUGUACGAAUGCGCUCAUGAGAACGACGAACAGACCUGUACUUUGCUAAGAAAAAUGACCCGGAUAUCGGACGAUGUCUGUCCACUGAAAGUGGUUCUCAGCUGGCAAAACGCCAAAUGUGGACGAGCUCUUGUUCUGCAGGAGAAUGAUACUGGUGAUAUUCUG